AAUAGACCUUAAUUUUGUUUAAUUAGUUUUAUCGCUAAGUUCUUAAAGUAUUUUAUUAGUUUUCCGUCACGAUUUUGUAUUAACUAUUACAUUGUUUACUUCUUCAAUACAUAUGACUAGCUUUAGAAUGACAAAGACUUAUUUGAAUUAGUCUCUGCUUACCUAGCUUUAGCACAGGAGUAUAGCUCAAGUUGAAUUAUUAAAGUAUGUCAAAGGUCAAAGAAGAAUUAUUUCGGUCGACUUUUUGUUUUGGUUUGAUACUUUUACUUUCGCUUCAUAGUACAAAGGCCAGAUUAAUCAAGUCUUUAGUAGACGCUUUAACUUUUGGAAUAGAUGCUGGUGAUUUUUUAGCUGAACAACUUCUUCCAGCUGAUUUGCCACCGGAAAAUGCAAUUUACGACUUCAUCAUUGUCGGAACUGGACCAGCAGGUUGUGUUCUGGCAAAUCGACUUUCAGCAAACCCUAAUUGGACCGUUUAUCUGCUAGAAGCCGGAGGUAAUGAGAAUUUCGCUCACGAUAUUCCAGUGUUAGUUCCGCUCUUACAAAAAACCAACUCCAAUUGGAAUUACAAAUCUGUUCCACAAGCAAACUCGUGCUUCGGCAUGAAUAACAAUAUGUGUGGUCUUCCUAGGGGACGGGUUUUGGGUGGAACGAGUUCCAUCAACUUUAUGAUCUACAAUAGAGGAAAUCGUCGAGACUUCGAUAGAUGGGCUGAGAACGGUAAUUUUGGUUGGUCAUACAAUGACGUUUUGCCAUUGUUUAAACGUGUCGAGGCAGCUAGCUUAGAGAGUUUUAAAUAUUCGGAUUAUCAUAAUACAACAGGACCAUUGAGUGUGGAAACAGUAGCGUUUCGAACUCAAAUAGUUGAUGCCUAUGUUCAAGGUGCUCAGGAAGCAGGACAUCAAUUGAAUGAUUAUAAUGGAAAAUCACAGAUGGGAGUGUCGUAUGUUCAAGCCAGUACUCAUAAUGGUCAUAGACACAGUGCUUCGAAGGCUUAUAUAGACCCGAUCAAAAACUCUCGGAAGAAUCUUCAUAUAUUGACUUUUGCUAGAGUAACCAAAGUAUUGAUCGAUCCAAUUACAAAAUCGGCAUUUGGAGUUGAAUUUCUCCACCGAAACAAAAUAUAUACUAUUCGAGCUAGGAAGGAGGUGAUUCUAUCAGCAGGUGCCUUUAAUUCACCACAGCUGUUAAUGCUCUCCGGAAUUGGUCCUAGGGAUGUGCUAACAUCUGUUGGAAUACCGGUAAUUAAGGAACUUCCUGUUGGUACACUUUUGUAUGACCAUAUGAGUUUCAUCGGUCCGAUCUUUACGGUGAACACAACUGAACAAUCAUUAUUUUUCACCGAUAUCACUCCUAUGGAUUUUGUCAGAUUCUAUGACGGUGAUCCUUAUACAAAACUUUCAAGCAUUGGCGCCGUAGAAGCAUUAACAUUUAUCAAAACUCCCAACUCAAAGGAACCAGAUGAUUUACCCGAUGUUGAACUUAUCACAAUAGCUUCAAGUUUAGCUGGAGAUUAUGGAACAGGAUUCAAGGAAGGAGCAAAUUUACGUGAUGAUAUUUAUGAGAAGAUGUUUCGCCCCCUUGAACGUAGGGAACAUUUUUCGUUUCUCAUAAUGCACUUUCAUCCACAGUCUGUGGGAAGUUUGUGGCUUAAGAAUAAUAAUCCAGAAGAACCACCAAUUAUCGAUCCGAAAUACUUUGAAGUAGCUGAAGAUGUUGAAUUUAUUCUGGAAGGUGUCAAGGAAGCAAUUCGAAUAACCCAGACUCCUGCUAUGCAAAAGAUUGGUGCAACUCUCCACAACAUUCCAACUCCAGGAUGUGAACAUAUCGCUUUCGGAAGUGAUGAUUAUUGGAGGUGUUCGAUAAGGACGCUGUCCUAUACGCUUCAUCACCAAGUUGCUACUUCUAAAAUGGGUAUUUACAGUGAUCCAACGUCAGUGGUAAAUCCUCAGCUAAAGGUUCACGAUAUACGGAAAUUGAGAGUGGUUGAUACAGGAAUUAUACCAUUUCCCCCAACGUGUCAUAUAAACGCUGCUUCUUUUAUGAUUGGGGAAAAGGCUGCUGAUAUGAUCAUCUAUGAAUGGGAGUAAGUCUUAAGUGACUUGACUUUGAAGGUUAUCGAUUUUUGUUGUAUUCUUUUAAAAUAAUCAAAUUUUUGGAGGAAUUUAAUAAAUAGGAGUGACUCUUAUGUCAAAAAGUAGGAAGGAACUUA